AUGCAUGUCUCAUCCUCAUCAGCACAAACGGCCUUCGACGAUGACCUCCACGGCAGCGCUCAAGCCCCCGAAAACUUCACCCUGCCCACCCUUCCCACGCUCAAGAUCACCUCCCUGAUCAACUCGGGGUCCUUCGCUACCGUCUACGAGGCCAUCGAUACCUGCUCGCGCGAGCGGUAUGCGGUCAAGGUGCUGUCCAAGAGCAAUCUGAGCAAGACGCAUAUGGAGACGCUGUGGAGGGAGGUUGGGAUUAUGAAGCGGAUUCAGGCUGAGCGGGUGCCUGGGGUUGUGAAGCUGUUUAGGGUCGUGGAGAAUGAGCAUUGGUUGUUUUUGGUGCUGGAGUAUUGUGAGAUUGAUCUCUAUGAUGCCAUCACGGAAUCAAAACUACCAGCCCAUGCCGUACUUCCCAUCUUCCAUGCGCUCUGCCGAACCCUGACCCACCUCCACUCCCUCUCCAUCUACCAUCGCGACAUCAAGCCCGAAAACAUCCUCCUCACAUCCCCGCACAGCGCCAACGGCUACUCCCACUCCCGCCGCGUCCGCCUCGCCGACUUUGGCCUCUCCACAAUCUACCCGUGCUCAACCGACCUCGGCUGCGGGUCCAGCCGCUAUAUGGCGCCAGAAUGCCUACCCAACGCACGGAAAUGCGCAUGCUCAACAGACAGCGGGGCCUUCAACUCCGACCAAGACGACGACGACUGCGACAUCGCCCGCGCAGAUCCAUACGACUGCGCCAAAGCCGAUGCAUGGUCCCUCGGUGUCGUCCUCGUCAACCUGGUCACGGGCAAGAACCCCUGGUACGAGGCCGACCUGUCCGACCCGCUGUACGCCGCGUACCUGUCAGGCAAGCCCGUGCUCCGCCACACGUUUGGAUUUUCGGAAAAGUUCGACAAUGUCGUGAGGUCGAUCCUCGAUCCGAACCCGGCUACAAGAUGUGCCGUGCGUGAUGUGUGGGAGAAGGUCAAGGCCGUCCGCAAGAUCUUUGACCCCAUACCCCCGGAGGUCCCGCUCCCCGUCACAUCGUCAUCGUCACCGGUCGUCGUCGAAACCCUCCCAAAAACCGUGAUCGUAACCCCCACUUCAUCCUGCUCCUCCACUAACGUAUCAGCGGCCGUCAACCCCCGCAUCGCCGGCCUGCAACUAACCCACGACGCCGACUUCUACCGCCCCUCCACGCCCCCGAUCAAUACACUCACAACCUGCUCCUCCGCCCCAACAAACAUCACAACAACAUCCUCCCUCUUCACCGCCUCGCCGCCGCGGUACAUUGCGACCAACGGCGCGAUGCAUGACUCGGGCUUCGAGUCGGAGGAGCUGUGUGAGGUGUUUGGGAAGGAGGAGUGUUGUACGAUCGCGUCGCCGGGGAGGGAGGACGAUGAGGAUGUCUUUAUGUUUGAUGCGCGGGUUUGA